AAUCAAUUAUGGAACCAGAUAUUGAAGUUAAGAGAUUUGAGGAACAAGACUAUGAGAACAAGGAUGACUUAUCAGAGAUUCCGAAGAUCGAAGAAUUAGAUGAUUAUGUGAAGGAAUGUACAUACACACCUCUUUCUUUGGUCAAUCCAAUCCCAUUUGAUCCUUCGAAUCAAGAGUACAUUAUGAGAGAACAUAUUCUGCCAGCAGAUGCCGACUGGAAUGAAGAAAAUCCUGAUGCAAAUGAUAUUCCUAUAGAUAGUGAUGGACAGUAUGGUAAUUAGAUCCGCCAGCAGCUUACUAGGCUAUGGAAUUCAUAAAAGGAGGCCAAAGCUCCUGAUUAACAUCACAGUAUACAAUGAGGAACCAAAGCAGCUAGUAGAGACUCUUGCAGGAGUGUACAGAAACUACUAUGAAUUAAUUGAUUUGGACCCAACUUUCCUCAACAGAGUACAAGUUGUCAUAAUUGUUGAUGGAUACUCACACCUGAUGAAAACUCCUGAGCAUUUACUCUGCUAUGAAAGGGCUAAUAUUCAUGACUUGAAAAAGCUAAGUGAAGGAAAGUAUAUAUCCAAUCAACUUAGUUCAGGAUUCAGCGAAGCUAAAACUGUAUUCCAGAAACUGUUAUUUAUAAGUUCAGAAAAUAUGGUUAGUAAGGAAAGAAAAAUCUUAGAUGAAGAACUUAAACAGGAGCUGUAUAAGAAAGGAGAGAAGAAGAAGUAUGACCCAAUAAGAGCCUAUGGAGCUAAUAAUAUUGCCCAUUGUUUCUCAAGAGUAAUGAGCUUUGAAGAAUGGGAGCAAUGCCUACCAAAAGCACAGAGGGAUUCACUUGUAAUCGAUCAAUACGAAAUUUAUGAUUUCCUUGUAGGUAGUAAUGAAGAAGGGAGAGUAAAGGAUCAGAAAUACGGCCACUUCAGUCUACCUAUCCACUUCAUAGUAAAACAAAAUAGUCAAGGAAAACUUGAAAGCCGUAAAUGGUUUAUGAGAGGGUUUUGAAAGCUGAUGAAUCCCAUAUAUUUGCAAACCCUUGACUGUGGGUCCAUUCCUCUUUGGAAUUCAAUUUCCAAAAUCAUUAUGCACAUGGAAACCUUCACUGAUGUGGGAGGAGCUUGAGGAGAAGUUGAAUGCUUACUGAUGGAGAAGAAGCAAAAUGGAAUUGAGUCUGUAUCUUUCAUAGAAAGUUCUAUACUUCGUGCUCAGUAUGCUGAGUAUAAGAUUACACAUUACAUGGACAAGGCAACUGAGUCUGUAUUUGGAUUUGUAAAUUCUCUACCAGGAACAUUUUCAACUUUCCGCUGGGAAUCAAUCAAAGGAAAGCCUCUUGAUCAGUAUCUCAAAGGUUGAACAGAUCAAUUCAGCGAUAUUAAAGGAGUACCUUCAUGAGUAAGUGCAAACAAAUACUUGGCUGAGGACCGUAUUAUCAGUCUUGAAAUAAUUGCAAAGGCACAUUCCUCAUUUAUUACUCAUUAUAUACCUGGCGCUAAAUGUCUGACAGAUCCUCCUCUUUCGCUAACAGAACUCAUAAAACAAAGGAGAAGAUGGUUCAACGGAUCCUUAUUUGCUACUCUACAUGUAAUGAAAUCAAUGUAUAGAAUCUGGGGUAGAAAAUGGACAUCUUUCUUUAGAAAUCUCUUUUACAUGCUCUUGGCAAUCUAUAUGGUCUGAUAUCUUAUUCUGUCAUAUGUAACAGUUGGUCUUUUCUAUGCUGCCUUCAGUGUGUUCUUGAGAGGUGUUUUAGACUCGGAGCCUUGUUAUAGCUUGACAGAAAGUGCAAACAUCUUUGAAAACAUCUAUCUUAUAUUCUUGUUCUUCUGUCUGAUGCUCUCAACUACUGUAGAAGUUACCUAUGCUGAGGCAGGGUUUCGAAUUUGAUCCUUAGUAAUGAGCCUUUUUGCUAUAGUCACUAUUGUCUGCUCAAUCUUCUUUGCAUUAGAUGGCGAUCAAAACAGAACAGCUAUUAUUUUGCUAGGACUGGUUGGCAUCUCGUUUAUUAUCCCCAUUCUACUGAAUAUACAUCGUGUAAAGCUUGCAGAUUUUGUCAAAGGCAUCUUUUAUGGAACUAUUCUGAGCCCAACUUAUUUUAAUAUUCUCCCCAUCUUUGCUAUCUCAAAUAUUCAUGAUGUGUCGUGGGGAUCAAGACCUACAACCAAAGAGCAAACUAAAAGCACCGAUCCAGCAUAUUUAAAAGCUAUUGCAAAGAAAGAUGAGUCAUAUAAAAACUUCAGGGCGAAUUUCCUUAUUUUCUGGCUGAGUAUAAACGGUGCUGUUGGUAUUACUCUCACGACUAUCUCAAGGAACCUUGGGAAUGAAUUCAUUUUCCUCUCUGGCAUAGUUCUAUCCUUACUUGCUGUAUUCAAGCUUGUCUUCUCAACUAUUCAUAAAUUAUUAGCUUGGAUUCAUUCGUUCUUUGUGAACAGACAUAUCAGAAAUCUCAGGAAGAGAAUGAAAAAAGAUAAUAUUCCUUCCCUUCAUGAACGAGUGAGGAACAAGGAUGAAGAUGAUAUUUGCUUAAUAUUUGAAAAAUUCAGACCAAGAACAGCUCUAGAUAAGGAGCAAGAUAAGCAGAGGAAAAAUGAGUUGAGUGACAAAGUUCAAGCUUUUGCUAAAAAUCUUGCCUCUAGCAUUUGUCCAGAAAAACGAGAGGAAGAAAUAAAGAAAUUUAGAGAUCAAUCUCUGGCAUCGUUAGGACAAGAUAUGAAGAAGAAGAUUGACAAACAGAUCAGAUUGCUUCGAAAGAAUGGUAAGUCCUCCGGGAUAGAUCCAACAAUUAAAAAGAAGCCAACUGAAAUAAAAUAAAGACGCCGAAUACGAUCCACUCAUGGACUCUGAUGAUGAUAAAGAAGAUAAUAAACAAGAACAUGAACCCAAUCAAUUCAGACAUAAGAAGAGAUAUAAGAACACAGAAGAAGAGGUCGAAGUUAUUAAGGAAGUUGAGGAAGAGGAGGAAGAGGAAGAGAAGAGAGGGGAUAAGGGAGGAGUAGAGGAGUCUGAGGUAAGGGGGCAAGGAGAGGAGAGUGAGAGGGAUACGUCGGAAGAGGGCGAAGAAGUGGAGGAUAUAGAGUUCAUGUCGGAUGAGGAGUCUUCGGAGAGUGAGAGGGAGUCUGGUGAUGAGAUGGAGUUUGGUGAUUAAUGAGAUGGAUGAAGGAUCACUUGGAGGUUAUAUCGGCAAGUAUGAUUA